AUGAAGAAACGGAAAGCAUCUGCUACCUCAGAGUCUUCUGCACCGAAGAAGGCGAAGACUUUGACAAGCUCCUAUGAAAAUCCAAUUGAUGCUAUUCCUGUUUCUAGCAUGCCAUCAAAGGAGAUUGUUCCCUUUGGUGAGGAUUAUGAGAGCCCAAGCGGAUCAGAUGAAGAUGUUCCUUCUACUGCUUCGUCAGAGCAGUUGGACAAAGAAAUUGAAGUGGAUGAUAUCCCUUCAACCCCACUGACUAAAGAAAUUCAAACGGGCGCUAAUGAACGUCAAGCAUCUCUUCUUACCAUCCCUGAAGAAAUUCCAGCCACUAGUGCUGAUGCUCAUGUUGUUGAAGAAGUGGAGACCCAGGCUGUUCCUGAAGAUGUGGAAACUGAAAUUCCUCAGCCUGUGGCCCCUGAGACUAUGAUCCCAGAGUCGCCGCCGCCGCACCGUCUCAUCACCCAGCUCGGGAUCCCCAUCCCACCAACCACCGAGCCCGAGCUCCACCUCGUUUUCCCCACCAUAAUCUCAAAUCCAUCGAUCCACCCAACCACGCAUCUUGCUCCUCCUGUGCACCCCGCCUUCGCCCACCGUGCCUCGUCGGACCGGCCUUGCCGGAGACCAGCGCAGCUCACACCUCCAGCCAUCCCCGUCGAGCCGUCGGCGUCCUCCAGCAGAGCCGCGCCCUUCCUCUCCAACCUCCCCUCGUCCAGGAGCCGAGCUCCUCGAUCCAUCCUCGCGCCCGAGGCCUCCUCCUGCCUCGCUCGAUCUGGACAAAGAGGGUCCCAAGCAUCUCCACCGUCGCCGCCUCAAGCCACUGCCGUCACGGAGCCCCAACUCCGGCCACCUCGUCUCCGCGGUGCUCUGACGCCUCGGGUUCCGUCCGACCGUCGGCGUCCCGUCCUCGCCGCUGCUUCGAACACACGCGCGCGCCUGCCUCCCUCGUCUCGCAAGCCUCGGCGUGGGUCGACCGCGUCCGCCGCCAUGGGCUUCUUCAUGGAGCACUCGACGCCAUGGACGGCCUCGAGCUCGUCGCCAACGCCGGCCUCCUCUGCUAGAAUCUCCAGCCUCACCCCGCGCCCUGGGUUCGGCCGAUCUGGGCCUCCCCAUGCCCUCGCCGGAGUCACCCGCUGGAUUCGAGGCCGCAGCUUUCCCUUCCACUGGAUCCCGCCGCCGCGCUGCCGUUUCCGGUCUCCAGCCGCUCAAGUCCUGCCUCGCCGCACCUCUGCUUCGUGCGAGCAAAGAUGAGACGACUGCUGCAGAGCCGCCUCGCCCCGCCGCGCUGAGCCGCUGUUGUCUGCUUCGUCAAAUCGUGCGAGAGGAGCUCGCCUGAUCCAGCCGCGCGUUGACCGCGCUGGCCAGCUGCGUGGGCCGGCCUCCUCUCGCGCCGCGGCCCAGCACCGCUUCCAGCAAGGCCCGGCUUCCUGAAGCCCAACGUGAGGAAGCCCACCUCCUGUUUGCUCCUGUGCAGCCCAGUUCGGGCCAGUUUCGGCCCGACUCAUGUUUUUUUCCCGAGGAGUGACUUAUCUAUUUAUCCAGUGUAAAACAGUUUUGCAGAAAAACCCUUGUUGAUCAUGCAUUUAAUAAUUCCACAA